AUGGCUAUGUUAACAAUGAAGGUUUUGGUGCUUAUCUUAAUUCUAUCACCGGCCAUCAAUGGUGUUGUUGAAGCUAGAGCUGGUUCUGACUGGUUUACCUAUCUUCCUAAAGGAGCUCCAAUCCCUCCAUCUGGCCCAUCCUGUCCACCGGCUCGUGAACGGUUCCAUUUUCUUCCUAAAGGAGCUCCAAUCCCUCCAUCUGGCCCAUCCGAUCCACCGGCUCGUGAAGGGUUUCAUUAUCUAUCUAAAGGAUCUCCCAUCCUUCCAUCUGGUAUAUCCGAUCCACCGGCUAAUGAAGGUUUCCAUUAUCUACCUAAAGGAGCUCCAAUCCCUCCAUCUGGUCCAUCCGAUCCACCGGCUCGUGAAGGGUUCCAUUAUCUUCCCAAAGGAUCUCCAAUCCCUCCAUCUGGUCCAUCUCAUCCACCAGCUCGUGAAGGGUUCCAUUAUCUCCCUAAAGGAGCUCCAAUCCCUCCAUCUGGUCCAUCCGAUCCACCGGCUCAUGAUUGA